AUGCCAUCCGCCGUGAAGCUCGAUACUGCCGAUAACUUGGCAUCUACAACAACUCUGGAUGAGAAGCUGAAUAACCUAGAACAUAUUCACUUGGAAACCGCCUCGCGUAUCUUAAACAUCAUUUCACGAUACAGGCUCGCACGAGAUCCGUUAGGGAAAAUCAGCAAUGGGGUUAAUUUCCUGGUCCAGAUAUAUUCCAAGGUGUUGGUUCGAGAGACAAUACUCAUGUGUCUUCCUGCCUUCCCUUUCAAGUCACCAAAUACGAGCACCAAAGUUCUUGGACGUCUUCCCGACAAGGCAGAGGAGUUUGCCUUAGCACAUCUAAAUGGUCUAUGUGCUUCAAUCGCAGAUAUCUAUACUCCAGGCGCGAGGCUAAUGAUAGUCUCUGAUGGACUGGUAUAUAACGACCUUCUCGGGGUACCAGACAAAGACGUCUGGGCUUACGGUGAAGCCCUUCGAGCGUUAAAAGCAAGAAAGGAUUUUACCUAUAUUGAAUUCUGUCGACUUAAGGAUAUAGUUAAUAUUGAUGUCCCCAACCAACUAGACGAAAUUAGAUACGUCGCCAACGCUACCAAUUUUCGCCAUGCUCUGUUGCAACAAUUCAGCAGACCCGGAUUUAAUGUCUCGCUUAGGAUAUCGGAGGAUGAGGAUACCUGUUUGACAUACAGGGGGUAUAUAAAGUUCCUGGAAACUGACCUGCAAACUGUGUACCCCAUCGGCGAGGAACGAAGCAAGACUAAGUAUAAAAGGGGAAUUGAGUACAUUGCCAAGCAGAUGCUCAUGAGAGGUGAUGCAUUCGCUCGAGCUGUUCGGGACAGAUUUCCCGACCGUCUCAGACUCUCUAUCCACCCCUCAACAGGCGAGAACAAACUCUCCAUUAACCUCCUGCCAACAGACACAGCAUUCACCACGCCGUGGCACUGCGCCAUCGCAUUCCGACUCGAUGGCACCACCCUCACAGGCCACCGCUCCGACUUCGAAGCUGACGAUACCUUCGAGCUUGUCUACGACGAGCAUAGCCGGCCCAGCUACUUCCGUGAAAAGUCUGACUUACUGUACUGGGCGACCGAAAAGGGCAGUAUCGUGUGCGAGCCGCAGUACCCCGCCGGCUUCAUUAUCCGGCCCGAGGCAGGCCGCAACACGCUCUCUAUCCGCGACGUGCACGCGGACAAGGUGCGCGCAUUAGCGCAGGCUAACUCCCCUGUUGUGCUUCGAGGCUUCGCGCACACACGAGACAGAGACUUGUUCCUGGGUAAAGCGGCGGAGCUCGGCGUCCCGGUACCGUGGAAGUUUGGAAGCAUGGGUGAGGUUGAAGAGCAAAGCGCAGGUACCAGGGGCUUGGAAAAUGUGCUGUCGAUGCACUGGAUGUCGUUCCAUCACAAUGGCCUUCCUCAUGCACAAAAGAACGGCGGGAAAGAGCUAGGCCCGAAGCCGCCGAGGUUCCAGUUCUUCGCGGCUGUGACAUCGCCCCCCAAGGACAUGGAGCGAACUCUGUUCUCCCCUUCGAGCCUCAUACUCAAGCAUGUACCCCCUCGUUUGCCGCCCUCGUCACUCCACCCCCUUGCAUGGACCGUGUCUACUUCUUCCUUCGAAUCAACGGUUAUUCAUGGUCUACCCCUUGAAAUCAGUCACCCGGUAACCGUCCGCCGGCGUCUACGGUACCAAGAGCCAUGUGCAAGAUCGAAGACGAGGUUAGAGGCUCUACAUGUUCCCAUGGAUAACACAUCUACUACUACCUUUCCUAAGGCCAAUAGCGGCGAUAGUGGUAAUAAUAGUGAUUUGUAUGGCGCGUGCGAGGCACUUACAAGCUUGCUAUAUGACCGGCGCGUUGCGUAUCAUCAUACUUGGGAAAAGGGAGACUUGCUUGUCAGCGAUAAUAGCUUGGCGGUGUACUCGCGGAGCGACUUUUCGGCAAGCUUUGAUCAGGAGCUGUGGAGGAUGCAUUUUCAUUAGGUACUUAUACGCUGGAUUGGGUCGGUUGGCGUUUUUGGUCCGAGUGGCCCCUUUCAUUGCUCCGAGAUGUCCGUCCUGAGUUUCCCGCGCAU